AUGGUUCUCCACAACCCCAACAACUGGCACUGGGUGAACAAGGACGCCUCUGGCUGGGCCAAGGCGUACCUUGAAGAGCACCUGACUGUUAUCAGUGCUGAGGAAGGGGGCGUGUCCGCCAAAGUAGACAAGGUUGUGUCGAUGAAUGGCGACGUAGACGUCAGCCAGCGCAAGGGCAAGGUCAUUACCCUGUACGAUGUCAAGCUGUCUCUAGAGUAUUCAGGUAAGACCAAGGACGGCGAGGAGGUCACCGGUUCCAUCAACAUCCCCGAGGUAGCCCACGAUACCGAGGAAGAUGAGUACGUCUUCGAGAUUGAGAACUACGCAGAUGCCUCCUCCAAGGCGCCUGUAAAGGACCUUGUCCGCUCGAAGAUCCUCCCUCAACUUCGCGUGGCCCUCGCCAAGCUCACCGGUGCUCUCAUUACUGAGCACGCAAAGGACCUCCAACACGCUAAGGACCAAGACUCCUCCCGCGGUUUCACUCCAGCUCCCGUCUACCCCCAGACCCCCAAGCCCCAGGCUGCCCCGGCUACCGCCACCACCACCACAUCCUCCGACAAGGUCGCCGUCAAUACCACCACUGUGACAGCCUCGGAUGAGUUCCGCACUACCGCCGAGGAGCUCUAUAUCACCUUCACCGACCCGCAACGCCUUGCCGCUUUCACUCGCGGUGCCCCUCGCCAGUUCGAGGGCGCCCAUGUUGGUGGCAAGUUUGCCAUCUUCGACGGCAACGUGACCGGCGAGUUCGUUAAGCUUGAUUCCCCCAAGCAGAUCGUGCAGAAAUGGCGUCUGGCUCAGUGGCCUGCCGGUCACUUCAGUACCCUUGAGAUCAACUUCGACCAGAACAACGUCGAUGGCGUGACUCAGCUGCGGGUCGAGUGGUCCGGUGUCCCCAUUGGACAGGAGGAUGUCACCAAGCAAAACUGGGAUGUGUACUACGUCCGCAGCAUGAAGCAGACUUUCGGGUAA